CACUUGAGAAGUGCUGUUGAGAAGUCUCCCGAGUUUGCUUGUUGAAGACAUCACACAAACUUUCGAAAUCACGAUGCCGUCAGCUCUGAACAAAGCGCUCUUCCUGUCUGCCACACUGGCGGUGUUCAUGCGUCUCGUGGACGCAGUGCCUGCGUACAGCAGCACGGGGGAACUCUCGGAAACCUCUGGGGAUGAAGUUCAGGACGUGGAUGGGAAGAGUCUUCUGAACGACCGGCACAAAUGGCAUCUGAUGGCGAGAGAUCUGCACAAGGACGUGAAGACGCUUCGAGAUGAACAGUUUGAGAGCGAUUUCAGGGAGACGGUGAAUAUGACGGCGUAUGAAGGCGUCCGGGUCAGCACGCCUCUCCUCAAACCUUCUGACGGCUGUCUGUCCAGAAACUUCAGCACAGAAAGGUGUCUGGGGCGCAUUUACAGUGUCCUGACGUGGUAUAAAGAGAACUGGAACUACAUUGAGAAGGAAAAUCUGACCUCAACCUUGGUGAACGACAUCAAGCACGGGACGAAGCGACUGCUGGAGGCCAUUAACAGCCAGCUCCAGGUGGGCGAAGGACAGGUGGACCCGAUCUCCAGCAGUCCUCUGUCGGUCCGAUCCGCAUGGACACGCAAGGCCACCGUCCACUCGAUCCUGUUCAACUACACCAGCGUCAUGAUCGACACAUGCAGAGCCAUCAGUUACAUGAGCAAAAGGAAGGGUGGACACCGGGGGAAAGACACGAAGAGACCCGGCCACUGGACCUCAGACAAGAACUAAUCAAUACU